CGGCCUGAGAGCGGCGGGCGGGGGCCCCCCGGCGGCACGGGCUGCGUCGCCGGGUUCAGGGGAACCUUGUGCUGACGGGCCCGUGUCGGCGUAUGCGGCGUCUCAGGCUUCCAGUCGGCCCCGAGCCGCGGCGCCGGCGGGCUUCUUGCGUUAGGCGGCUGUUACCGAGGGAAACGUGUUUUUUGCGUCUUGUUUUUGCCGUCAGCGGCGCCGGCCGUACGAACGGGGCCCCCUUCGAGACGCGCAGGGAAGGGGAGCGCAGCUUUCCCAGCCACUUCUUGCGCUCUUGACGUUUAUCAGUGCCGCCGUGGUUUCCUUAGCGGUGCGGCUGCACUUUCUAAAAUCCACUCUUCUUACGACCGCGGCGUUUGUUUUCUCGCUCCGAACCCGCCUGCGCCUGAGCGGCCUGCCGGCAGCGCCGCAGUCCGUGACGAGCGGCCCGGGUCGCGCCACACCGGCUCCGCACGCCGCGCUGCCGGGAGCCGUCCCGUGCCUGUCACCUGCUCACCGCCGCGGGGCGCCCUGCCCCGGCCGUUGCCGCCGCGGCCCUCCCAAAGUUGAACCACCUGCUGCGCGAUAAAGGAAAGGGCAGGGAGGGAGAGCAACGAGGCGGCCAGCCCUGCCUCGGCCGCCCUCCGGCCCGGCCGGGACCGCUGCGGACAGCCCCGCGGAGCUCGCUUAGAGCUCCCGGCGCUGACGGAGGGCGGCGGGCAGCGGCACCUCGGCGUCCCCCGGUGCCGCCCCUGGGCGGGCGGCCCAGCCCAGCGCCGCGCCCGCCCCGCCGCCAGGUGCGGUGCCGCCGCCCGCGGGCCCAGGAAGUGCCGUCACGGCGGGUGCCGGGCGGGGAGGCUCCUGCGGGCCGGGCAGGCCAGGCCAGACCCUUCCGUCGGCGGGUGCCGGGCCGGGCCAGCCGCCAUGAGCAAGAUUUCCAAAUUCUUCAAGGGGGGCGGCUCGGCCGCCUCCAAGGGCCGUCGGGGCCCCUCGCCGCAGGAAGCGUUGGCGCGGCUGCGGGAGACGGAGGAGAUGCUCAGCAAGAAGCAGGAGUACCUGGAGACGAGGAUCGAGCGGGAGCUGGCGGCAGCCCGGCAGUACGGCACCAAGAACAAGCGAGCUGCCUUACAAGCACUGAAGAGAAAAAAGAGAUAUGAGAAACAGUUGAGUCAAAUUGAUGGGACACUUUCAACCAUUGAAUUCCAGAGAGAGGCAUUGGAAAAUUCCCACACCAACACAGAAGUGCUCAAGAACAUGGGUUAUGCUGCACAAGCUAUGAAAAAAGUACAUGAAAAUAUGGACUUGAACAAAAUUGAUGAUUUGAUGCAAGAUAUCACUGAACAGCAAGAUGUUGCCCAGGAAAUUUCAGAUGCUAUCUCAAAUCGAGCUGCCUUUGGUGAAGAGUUUGAUGAGGAUGAGUUGAUGGCAGAAUUAGAAGAACUGGAGAAAGAAGAAUUGAACAAAGGAAUGAGAGAUAUCAGGUUGCCAAGUGUUCCGUCCACAUCGCUGCCUUCUCACCCCGCAUCAACCAGGAAGAGAGCAGAGGAUGAAGAUGAAAUGAAGAAGUUGGCUGCCUGGGCUUCAUAAGAGCAUGGUCUUUUUAUAACUCUGAACAUUACAGUGCAGAUGUGAAGAGCUGUAAUGCUGUGUUAUAACCUUACCGACUUAGUGUGGUUGCAUUUCAUACAGGCUGGGUUUUUUUUAUGGCCAAUCUUAGUAAGAGUAGUGUUACGGCCAUAUUACAAAACUAUUUGAAAAACAAACAAAAAAAUGCAAUAGUUGCCAAAACGUCCAAGCAUCAAAGUUUUUUUGGCUUUGGCCAGAGACUUGUUCUGUUAUUAGUAUUGGUUGGGUAUUGUUAUUAGGUAAUGUUUACUAUAUGUGGCUGGUUUAUAAAACCUGUGAGCCUCACUUAUGCACACAGAUGGAUUCAUUGUUGAAAUGAAGAAGUUCAGUAAGUCAUCAAAGCCCUAUCCUAGAAGGUUAUUUGGUUCAGGUUAUUUGAAUAUUAGUAAAACAGCUUUAUACAUGUCCUGACUUGCAAGUUCCUUCGAGCCCAGGAGCUAACAGCUGUUCGUUUGGGCAUGGAGAUUUACAUAGUCUGCCUGGAGCAACUUACGGUGUCCUAGAUAUUAAAAGGAGACUCUUCUAUAGUUUUUUUUUGAAGUGGGAUAGGUUUUUUGUUUUAACUUAAGCCCAAAUAUCCCACACAGUUCUAUAGGUCAGCUUGAAUAGUAUUUUGAAAGAUUUCCAACUCGGUUAAAGAACAGUUUUUACAGUCAUUGGGGAAAAUGAAAUGUCCAAGUUCUUAUAGAUCUCUGCUGAACAAAAUUGAUUUCUGCUAACCCUGUCAAAAAUCCAGAAGAGAUUUGACCUUCCAGUGUUCUCCUCCACCACCAUGUCUUUCUAGGGUAAGUCAUCGUGUGAUAACGCCCAUCCUCAAAGGAAUUAGUAACACAUUUUUAAUUAAACAAUUCAAAAAUGUUUUUAAUUUCUGAGUGUUCAGUUCUUUUCUCUUACUCAGUUUCUGAAUGGAAAUAGUGCCAGCAUGCUGUAUUUGAAAUGUCUUUUUAACCCUGGUUAAAAAGCUGAUUCUCGAUUACUUGUGAAGUUGAUGUGUUACUGUCCAACUGACAACUUUUUAGCUUAAGGAAUAAAUGCCAGUCUGAUUGCUAAACUACUACAUAUAUAGAGACGUUACCGUUCAAAUACAAAACAAAAAUUAAAUAGGCUGCUUUGUAGUAACAAAUUUUAUUAAGACGAGCUCAAUGCUAGAAGCCUGCUGUCAAUCACAAGGAAAUAGCAAAACACUGUGGAGUUUCUAGGGGUGUGGGAAGCAGAGUCACACUGCUCUAGGUUUCUUGUUUUCAAAUUAAUUUAAAUUUACUGAUGAUUAAACCACUUGGUGAAUAGUGGGAGACUUGGUUUCUAUAGAUCUAUAGCAACGGAAGACUGCCCCCUUCUCCUGUGGGCUUCUGCCUGUGGCUUGCCAGGUGUUCAGCUUUGAUAGGCCAUAAUAGCCUUUAGCUUCUUGGCUUCUAUGUUAAGCAUAAGCUAAUGUGUGUUUCUGGACGUGGCAUGCUGCUAUGUUCACAACCUUUCAAGUUGGGUUCUAUAGAUGAAACCUAAAAUUUACAAACCCUGUGGAGAGAUUCAGUUUUUCAGGGCUUUUUAAUCGGCUGUAGUGGAAUUGCUUUUGGUUUGCAUCCAUAUGAAGGGAGAAUCAAGCCUUGCCACUUCAGAUACAUUUCCUGCUGGAAAAAAUUGUGUUAAUUCUGUUCCAAAGUUUGGAGGUACCAGGAAAAUUGUCCCUUUCUGUUGAGAGUAGAGAAGACCUGGAACCAUUCAACUUUUGUUUUAAAAACAAAAAGAACCCCAAACUAAACCAAAACAAAAAAAUCCUUAAAUUUUACAUUUUGAACUCUCAGUUGGAAACCAAAUGCUAACAGAAUGUUACUCAGUUGUGAUGCUUGCUGAAAUUCAGGAUGAGAUGCCAGCUGGGAGCAGGCAUAUUUAUUACAAUGAAUACUCUGAGUUAUUUAGAAUCCAUUUGCUAAUCCUUUUGGCUGGAGUUCUGUUUCAAGGUGUGCAGUCCGUGCAAGUCACUGAAUUGGGUAGAGAAAGUAUUAGGGUGCACGGAUUGCAUCGCUGUGCGAGGCUGCCUGUGUGCUUUUGGACACGUUGUGGACACAAAUGCGAGGCCAUGCCAGCAUAGUCCUGUGCUUAGCUUGGAAGAGCUGGCUGCUAGCACCUGUGCUUGGUCAAAUGAGUAGUUUUCCCAUGCUUGGCACUUAAAUAGCACUUAGCGUAUUUAAAGUGCUGUACAACCUGACCAAAAUAAGUCUCUACGCUUCCCAUUUGAGACUCAAGGGAUUUUCAGUCUGCUUUGGAAAAUGUGCACCUGUGCUUGUUGUGCAAGAGCUUCCUGUGUGAACACCCGGCAGGGGAGAAGAAAUCCUAGGGAAGGACUUCUCCUUUGCAAGCUGGUGUCUGGCUGCUGACCUCCAGCCAUGUUUUGGCCAAGUGUUGAUCCUGAGAAGUUACGGGUGUCUUCAGCUUAUUGAUUUCAGACAGGCACUUUAGGAACAAAAUUUGUGGAUUUUUGUGAAGGGUGAAGAAAAGAAACUGGUGAUUUGGAUGAGUUUAUUUAAAAACUUGUGUGUAGUGGUUAAUGAUGCUGGAGGACACUCUCACGUGCCAGUUCACAGGCUAGGACAUGUGUGGUUGGUGAAGCUAUACUUAGAGAUACUCUACUCAUGUACACAAACCAAAAUACACUGUGGACCUCCAGAAGUGGAGUGCUUUGUUGCCGUAUUUGUCUGGGAGACAGUAGGUGACUACUUUUUUUUUCAAAAGCAAAGGGAGUUCUAGGGAUUUUAAUUCAGUUGAGGAGGUGUCUCUUACCUGUGUAAAUUCAGAUGACACUGGGACAAAUGGCUUUUCCUGCUUUUGAACGUAUGUGUCUUCAUCCCAAGAUAUAUUUGUUUAGUAUGUAAGCAGAUGAGAGUGAAUAGUGUCAAUGUGUUAUUGUAAAUGUACUCUCUAUUAACUGCAGCAGAUGGUGUACUAUAGCUGCCUUCCUUUCUUGUUUCUUAUUUAUUUUGAGAAUGUUUUCUUCUCUUAACAGGCUUGGGCAUUUUUAAUCUUGAAAGCUUUAAAAGGGGGGAAAUGUAUUAAUAAAAAGUAAGAAUUUCUAUAUAUGCUGUAAAUAAAAAUAUUUCUGUGUCAUAUUU